AUGUCUAUCCUUCGUGUCUGCGUCAUUACUACCCUCGUUUUAACUCUUCUUUGGAAGAAACAGAGAGGGAAGCGAUCAGUUGCGCCGCUGCCACCUGGCCCCAAUGGUCUCCCGUUGAUCGGCAACUCCCUCGAGAUCGAUGGUCGCAAGCCGCAGCUAACGUUCAGUAAAUGGGGGCGACUCUACGGCGAUAUCGUCCACUGCCGCGUGUGGGGCUAUGACACGAUCAUCGUCAACUCGGACAAGAUAGCCCGAGACCUCCUCGAGACUCGCUCGUCAAUCUACUCGGAUAAAGUGCAGGCGGAAUCUGCCACUAUACUUGGAAUUGGCAAGCUAACGGGGUUCAUACCCUACUCUGAUGAGUGGCGACUCCACCGACGGCUGUACGCACAAAGCUUCAGGCAGGAUGUCGUGCCCAGGUACCGCCCUCUACAACAGCAGAUGUCUAUCAAGCUCCUACAAGCGCUUCUACGUACACCUGAAGACUUUGAGGAACACAUUGAAAUGUAUUCUGCAUCCGUCAUCUUAUCUGCUGUAUAUGGAUACGACGUAUCAUCGAAGCAUGAUCCUCUGUUUUCGAUUGUGCAGCACGCCAAUGACGUUGUCAUGAAACAUGGAACGUCCUUAGUCAUUGGGGUUAUCGAUGCUCUCCCCUGGCUACCAUAUUCCCCAUCCUGGAUCCCUGAUGGCGGAAUUCGAAGCAUAGUAUCUUCUGUUCAAGCAAGCGUACACGAUCUCAUGAACGCGCCUUACAAGUUUAUCACCCAGCUCGAGGGUGAAAGUACUACUGGUCAGUCUAUGGUUGGAGACUUGUAUCAGAAAUGGGGAGACAGAGAGAUACCUGCUAUGACUGCAUUGUGCCUGAGAAACGCAGCCGGUACUGCUUUUGUCGCCGGGACAGAUACAACAUUCUCGACUAUUGAGAACUUCAUUUAUGCGAUGACACUACAUCCAGAUAUCCAAAAACGCGCUCAAGAACAGAUAGACUCCGUAGUCGGUAACGAGCGCCUUCCCACCUUCGACGAUCGGGGUGAAUUACCAUUGAUUGAUGCUAUACUUCGCGAGGUCAUCAGAUGGAUACCUACCGUUCCAACUAACCUGGCUCACGCUGUUCUUGAGGAUGACAUUUACGAAGGAUAUCUGAUCCCGAAAGGCGCCAACCUCAUUGUUAACACCUGGGGAAUAUUUCACGACGAACAGCGAUAUCCCAACCCAGAAACAUUCAACCCUGACCGUUUUCUCGCCUCGGACGGAAAGUUGGUAGAUGACACGGCAUAUAUGACCGUGUUUGGAUAUGGGAGACGCAUUUGCCCUGGACGUUAUCUCGCCGAAGCAUCUGCAUGGGCAGCAUUGGCGAGCCUGUUGGCUGCAUUCAACUUCACCGAAGCUAAAGGCCCGGACGGAAAUUCAGUGGUGCAGAAUUUUCAAUGGACGUGGGGUAUUUCAAUUCGACCUGCGGCAUUCAAGUGCACGAUAAGGCCUAGGUUCACUGAACGAGCUGAUUGGUUGAAUGAGGAGGAUACGUAAACAUAUAUAGGUAAAACCUAAAAUGUGUAGGGUCGUUUGAGUACGCCAUGAAGCGUAAGCAGGGUUCGCGUCGUGUAAUAACAGUAGUAUACAGC